AACAAAUUCAAGAAUAUAGAAACAAGAAAUCGUCACACACAUUUCGAAACCUCUCUUUCGUCUCUGAUCUCUCUGCUUAGUCGUGAGAAAAUGGCUCUCCGUACCGUCCUCGUCGCUGACGUUCCCAGCCUCCCUGAUUCCGUGUACGGGUUAUCCGAAGGUUUAGAUAUGAGCAAACCGACAUCGUUUAAGAUGCCUGGAUUUUCAGUGAUCGGACACAGGGGAAAUGGUAUGAAUGUGUUGCAAUCUUCUGAUCGGAGAACCAGAGGGUUUAAAGAAAACUCUAUCCUCUCUUUCAAUUCCGCAGCCAAGUUUCCCAUCGAUUUCAUUGAGUUCGACGUUCAGGUGACAAAGGAUGAUUUUCCAGUCAUUUUCCACGAUGAUUUCAUCUACUCUCAAGAGAAUGGUGUUGUUAAUGAGAGUAGAGUGACUGACUUGAGCCUUUCUGAGUUUCUCCUCUAUGGACCUCAGAAAGAAGCUGAGAAAAUUGGGAAGACCCUUAUGAGGAAAUCCAAAGAAGGUCAGGUUUUGAAAUGGGACGUUGACUCUGAUGAUCCCCUUUGUACGCUACAAGAGGCUUUCGAACGAGUUGAGCAAUCUCUAGGGUUCAAUAUCGAGUUGAAAUUCGACGAUCAGGUUGUCUAUGAACGAGAGUUUCUUGUCCAUGUCCUCAGAACAGUUCUUCAGGUGGUGUUUGAUUAUGCAAAAGACAGACCAGUGAUCUUCUCAAGUUUCCAACCAGAUGCAGCACAGCUUGUUAGGGAACUACAGAGCACUUACCCUGUUUACUUUCUGACUGAUGCGGGGAACCAAAUGUACAAAGAUGAGAGAAGAAACUCACUAGAAGAAGCAAUAAAAGUUUGCUUGGAAGGAAAGCUACAAGGCAUUGUUUCAGAGGUAAAAGGAGUUUUCAGAAACCCAUCAGCCAUUCCCAAGAUCAAAGAAUCUAACCUCUCUCUCCUUACAUACGGCAAACUCAACAAUGUGGGGGAGGCAGUGUACAUGCAAUAUGUGAUGGGGAUUGAGGGAGUGAUUGUAGACUUUGUUGAGGAGAUUUCAGAGUCAGUAAGACUCAUGAUGAUUCGACCACCAUCACCAUCAUCACCAUUAUCAUCAUCAGCAGCUUCGAAGGAUGAUGUUGCUGCCAUUACAAGACCUGAGUUUUCGCAAAAGGAGAUUGAUUUUCUUCUCAAGCUUCUCUCACAGUUGAUACAGCAUUGAUUGAUGAAUCAUCAUUACCUUUGUUUCUCUGGAUCGAAUAUCUCUCUGCCUUUUCUUUUAUAAUGUUUCUUUAGGUUUGAUUUUCUUCCUAAUUUUUAUUUUCUUUCUUGAUUUUUCUUCUUCCGGGUGUUUUGGUCCCAAUAGCUAAACUGUAAAUAAAUCUGCAAUAUUUUUACUCUUCA